AUGGAGGCAAGCAGGGGCGAAGAGAAGGGCCUCAGCGGCAUCGACUCGACGGAGCGGACGACGAGGGUGGCCACGGCAUUGGCAGUAUGCAUCAACGACUACCGCACGACUCUGAACACCCGCGAAGUAACAAGCGACGAGACAGAGAAGGAUGUGCUGCUCAAAGCGUGUCACCAACGAUGUGCGGACCGCACUUUAAAGGUCUUAGAGAAGAAUGGCGGCAUAUACAUCAAACUCGGGCAGCACUUGAGUGCGAUGAACUACCUACUACCGAGCGAAUGGACGACCACAUUCCUACCGUUGCAAGACAAAUGCCCCGUCUCCUCCUUCGAUUCCAUCCAAGACAUGUUCAAGAAGGACACUGGCGAGGACCUCUGGUUCUACUUCUCCGAAUUCGCAGAGGAGCCAAUUGGCGCAGCUUCACUCGCGCAGGUCCACAUCGCAACAAUGAAGGAUACCGGGCGCAAAGUGGCUGUCAAGGUUCAGCACCCAGAACUCGAGGCGUGGGCGCCGCUCGACCUCGCCACGACGCGAUUUACAUUCUCGACCCUCAAACGCUUUUUUCCUGAGUAUGAUCUCGAGUGGCUCUCCUCUGAGAUGGAUGUUUCCCUGCCCAAAGAACUCAACUUUGUGGAAGAGGCCGACAAUGCGCGAAGGAUGAAGGAGCAUUUCGCAAAGCUACCUGAGCUUCCCCUGGUCAUCCCAGAGGUGCUCUGGGCCAAGAAGCGCAUCUUGGUGAUGGCCUGCGAACCUGGCAAACGACCCGACGACCUCGAGUACCUGGAUGCCAAUGGCAUUGAUCGCGACGAGGUAUCGUCGACCUUUGGCCGCAUCUUCAACGAGAUGAUCUUUGGUGACGGUGCGCCGCUCCACUGCGAUCCCCAUGGUGGAAACAUUGCGAUUCGAAAGAACGACUCUCGGCGGAGAUUUGGCCGGGGCCCGAAUUUUGACAUUAUUCUUUACGACCAUGGACUCUACCGGGACAUACCCCUGCCGCUACGACGAUCCUAUGCAAAGAUGUGGCUGGCCGUCAUUGACGGCGACGUGCCCCGUAUGAAGAAGUAUGCCUACGAGGUUGCCGGCAUUGAGGAGAAGGACUUCCCUCUGUUCGCCUCCGCUAUCACAGGCCGCGAUUACAGCAUCGUCAGCAAGCAAGGCUCGAUUUUGCAGACACGCACCUCGGACGAGCAGCAGAAUAUCAGUGGCGCGUUGCAGGAAGGACUCAUUGUGGAUCUCGUCCAGCUUCUGAGUCGCGUUCCUCGCAUCAUCCUGCUCAUUUUGAAGACCAACGACUUGACCCGGAGUCUAGACGAGAACUUGCAGACCAGACAAGGUCCGAUACGGAAUUUCAUGAUCCUGGCCAGAUAUUGCGCCAGGACAGUCUUCUACGAAAAACUAGAGGAGAUCAGGGCGGCAGGGUCGUUGAUUUGGCCAACAAAUGCUCUGAGGAUGUUUGCCGCAUGGCUCAGCUUUGCACGGGUCGAACUGAAGUUGGAAGCCUUUGAACUGUACCUUGGUGUCAAGCGGAUGCUUGGAAUGCAGAGCACGGAGUUUGGGAGCAGUCCUCUGCAAAGAUAG